AUGGCUGUGGCAAGUGGGGCAUCAAUCAAACAGAAAGUGCUUUCAUGGUGUGCCAACAAAACACGCAACUAUGAGGGUGUUUCCAUAGAGAACUUCUCAUCUUCAUGGUGUGAUGGGCUGGCGUUCUGUGCACUCAUCCAUCGCUUCUUCCCAGAUGCUUUUGACUUCUCAGCCCUGAACGCAUCUGAGAAAGAGAAGAACUUCACCCUGGCCUUCAACACAGCAGAGACCAUGGCUGACUGCUACCCCCUGUUGGAGGUUGGUGAUAUGCUCCUGAUGGGGAACAGACCAGAUCCUAUGUGUGUGUUCACCUAUGUCCAGGCCCUCUGUCAUCACCUCUCCAAAAUAGAGAAGGAGAAGAAGGACAAGGAAGAAAAGGAGAAGAAGGACACAGCAGAGGAAAAGAAGAGUGAAAAGAUGACCGACGGAGAGGUAGAAACCACUACAGAGAAGAAAGAGGAGGAGAGUGUGGGAGAGGAGAACAAAGGAAAAGAUGGGAAAGAGAAAGAAACCGAGGAGAGCUCAGCGGUGGAGGGAGAGAAAGAGAAAGAGAGCGAGGAAAGAGAAGUUGAAGCGCAGGCUUAUUAA